GUGCCCUCCUGCGUGUCUCAAUACAUGUCUGAGCUUCAUUAUUGGGCUCAAUCGAGGUUGACGAUCACGUCCAUAUUGCGCGGUGGAGUUCUGGCCGGAAACAUCUGACUUGCUGUCUCACAACACCCGCGAAAAGCCACUCCGAAACGCCAUGGCUUCACAACCAGGCAAGGUCGUGAUAUUGACCGGCGCGUCCAGAGGCAUCGGGCUUGCAAUCGCCCACUUCCUCCUCAAACAGAAAUGCAACCUCGUCGUGGUAGCCCGUAGCAAGGAGCCACUCGAGGCUUUGCGAAAAGAAUAUCCGGACCAAGUGCAGGUGCUUGCUGGAGAUCUUUCCGACUUCUCGUUAGGACAUCAGGCCGUCGAGCUCGCGACUUCGACAUGGAGCGAAGUCGACGCCCUCAUCCUCAAUCAUGGCGUUCUCGACCCCGUUAAGAGAGUUAGCGACACAGACGCUGAAGAAUGGAGAUCCUCAUUUGAUGUCAACGUCUUUUCAGUUGUGGCACUGGUGAAAGCUGCUCUUCCGGCGUUACGGGCUACCCAUGGGCGCAUCAUAUUCACGUCAUCUGGCGCAGCAGUGAGUUCAUACUCUACCUGGGGUGCUUACGGUGCGUCAAAGGCCGUCCUCAAUCACAUGGCCAGCACCCUAGCCACAGAGGAGCCCAAGGUGACGACUCUCUCCGUCCGUCCCGGAACUGUGGAUACGGAAAUGCAACGAGAGAUACGAGAGCUGCAUCAUAGAGCCAUGGAUAAGAAAGACGCAGAAAAGUUCGCAAGCCUACACUCCAGUGGUACUCUCCUGAAGCCCGAGCAGCCUGGUCAUGUCAUUGCUCGGCUGGCUCUGGAUGCGCCGAAUGAUCUUAGUGGAAAAUUCCUGAACUGGAACGACAAGGACUUGGCGAAGUUCCAGGAGACUUGAUCAAGAGAUGGAGGGGAUAGCUUGCCCGCAUUCAUGCCCUAUGCGACUAAGUCAGCCGAGGUCAUAGCACGAUAGUUGUAAAAGUGAGAAGAACAAAUCAAAAGCAUAUCAGUCGAAAGAUGAAAAGUCUCGAAUCAUUGUAACACCAUGAGGCCGCGAAGCCUUCAGUCUUAGCAUGGAAUGAUUGUGUCAUCAUAGCGAGGGGGUUACGGAAAAGCAUGAGAGGCGCUUACCGAAAAGGCACGGCCAGGCUGUGAGACAAUGGUAACAAAUAGCACCUGAAAUAGCACCUGUACUUUGAGGAAGUCAGCGUCGUAUUCCAAAAAAGAUCGCUCGAGAGAGUGGCAAGAAACAAACGUGUCAGAUAAUCGAACUUAGUUGAUUCGUCAUUAGAUUCCGAAUUUGAUAGUACAAGG